AUGCAGCCGUCAGUGCUUUUGGUGCUGGCGUUUCUUCCCUGCUAUGCGGAUGCAUCGUCCUAUCGGCGGACGAAGAUGACCUUCAUUGAGGAGCAGAUGUCGAUGCAAAUGAAGCUGAUGAUGCCAGAGAGGGCGACUCUCAACAACAUCGAGGCCUCCAUGCUGAACAUGGCGAGGGCUCGCAAGGACGGCACCGGGGCCACCAACUUGACGGCCUUCUUGGACCAGAUCCAGGCGCUUAUCGACAAGAACAUGAAGGCAAACAUCUUGUCAAGGCAGAAUCAGACGCAGCUCGAUUUGGACUCGGCUUGGGUCAACCUCAGCUCAUGUGUGCAUCCGAAUGACACCAACUACGUCCCCACGCUGGUGGACCUCGACAAGGUUCACUCAGAGUGCCGAACGAGCCAGGAUACUAUGUGGUCCAGCUAUGAGCAAACCUGCAUCAUAGAGCGGCAAAUCUACGAGAACGAGGUCAAGGCCAUUUGCGACAAGUACAAAAGCGUCAACGUUUUCCCAAACCCGACGACGAGCUGCACGAUGGUAGAGGGCACGCAGGUCCCCACAAUCGGCAACUACCUCCUGGCAGCAGAGGCUUUCUUUUCUGAAAAGUAUGAUCUCGUGAAGGAGUGGAAGGACAAGUGCGAAAACGCCACCAACACUCCCUUCGCGAACGAGGAGCUCUGCAAGGAGAAGAUCUGCCUUUACUACGACAAGAAGAUUGGCUGCGACGAGACGCAGGAGGUCUUCGAGAAGAAGUCCUGCGACCUUCACAAGAACUACACCUGCGGAAAAUACUCCGACUGCUAUGACCAGAAGAAGGACAUCUACUCGAAUGUCGUGGCCCUGGCCAAGGAGAACGAGGUCGCGGCCAAGGCGGAGUGGAGGGCUGUGAAGAGGAUCGAGUGCUUGAUCAACGCUCUGCGCGCUCCGCAGAACGAGAUUGAUGCCGCCAUCGAAGCGUGCAAGGGCAAGAUCUACGCCACAACGGAUGUCGAGUUGACCUACAAGGGCGAUGCGCCGGCGGCGCGAUCGUGCACCGAGGUCUACCUGCAGCCUGGCUCGGCCGUCUUCUCGAGCACUUGGUACGCUGGCCUGCCUGCACAGACGCCGGCAGCAAGCUGCGCGUCCCCGUGCUGCAUGGCUGGGGCCUUCACACCGACCUACCCUGCGGGUGCAGCUUGCCCCUACGUCUCCAAGACACCGCCGACCACGACGACGACUACCACCACCACGACGACGACGACACAAGCUGCCGCCGCAAUGUUUUCGCCUCCUGCCUUCGGCUUUGGUGGCGGCUUCUCCUUUGGUGGCGGAACCUUCAGGAGGUAG